AUCUGUACAUAAUGGCGUUUUCAAAAUCUGUCAUGAAAGCUCAGGAUAUUAUUUCGUGUAAUCUUUGUGAAUCAGAGACAAAAUUAAAAUGGAAAUGCCUUGAUUGCGACUUACUAAUGUGCAAUAAGUGCAAUGAUAAAAUUCAUCCAAAGUUUAAAAACGCUAUUGAACACACACUAGUUGAUAUAAAGGAAGUCGGACUUGACGAUGGUAAAAGAAUCCUUAACUUUACAAACAUAAAAUGUAAAUCCCACACGACACAAUCAUGCUGCCUUUUCUGUAGUAAUUGUGAUGACCUUGUUUGCCCUAUAUGUAUUCCAAAGAUUCAUGCUGGACAUACUUUCAUAGAAAUCAAGGAAGCAUAUGAUAUGAAGCUCGAAAAGCUCAAGACUAUAAAAGUUAAAAUGGAAAGUUCGGAAAAGGGACUCGCUGAUGAUGAAAGAGAGCUUAAUAAGCUAAAAAUAUCAGAGAACCUCAAAGGUGAGAAGGUUUUGCAACACAUUGAAGCUCAGAAAGAAGCAGUCAUAAAAUAUGCAGAUCAGCUUUCAAAAGAAGUACAACACAAAAUGAAGGUCACUGAAAAUUCCAUAUCCAACGAACAGACAAAAGCCAUAGAUUCCAGACAGAAAAGACAGGAGAAAUUCAAUGAACUAGAUGAUCUCAUUAAUUCCUAUGACCCUUUUAAGGUUUUUGAAAAUAUUGACAAAGUAGAAAAAUAUUUAGAAAUUGCCAUUAAACCCAUUUACCUAAGUCAUUCAUAUAUACCACAAUUCAUACCAGGAAGGAUUACUCCAUCAACUGUUGGAUCAUUGACACAAAUGAAAGUGAACAAGCAGUUCAUCACUAAAAUAAGAUAUUGUCAGUUUAUAGCGGUCUGUUCAAACAGUUCACUAUGGAUUGGUAGUGAUUCUGACAGAUCUUUAAUGAAGAUAACGCCAGAUGGAGACAAUCUCAUAACAAUGGCUACCAUCAAGACAGGAAUACGAGAUAUAGCAUUUACCCCAGAUGGCGAUAUCCUGCUAGCUAAUUCAACAUCUAGGCUGACCCUCAUUAACGGAAACAAUGAAAAAGUUAAUGACUCAAAAUAUGGAGUUGAUCUACUAUUGAUAAUGUCACUCCACGUUACAAGUGACCAUAAAAUUAUAGUAGGUGCUAUGAGUCCUGGUGAAGUCAUACCUGUCGCAGGAAGAAGAGUGGUAAUUGUAAUGGAUAAAGACGGGAACCAUGAAUCUGUGUAUGAACAUGAUGGGAAUAAACAAAGAUUACUGACAUACCCCAGGAGUAUUACCAGCACUUCUAAUGGGACUAUCUUUGUUGCUGAUUAUACUCAGGCUUAUAAAAUUAACAGCAAAAUAUUGGCACUAGGUAAAGACGGAACCAUCUUAAAUACAUACAGCGGCCACCAAGACAUCAAUAAUGAGAAUCAACCAUUUGAACCCGUUAGCGUAAGAAGUACUCCGAUAGGUAACAUCAUAAUACCGGAUCGUUAUCUUAAUGUAUUUCACAUCCUUGAUAGCUCAUGUAACCUGAUAUCAUACUUUCAAACAAGAGAAAUAGGGAUAGUGAAACCAUACUGCGUUGCAUUUACUGGGACAACUUUAUAUAUUGGAUGUUCUGAAGCCAAAACGGCCACAAAUGCCAAGCUUUAUGAGAUCGAGUAUUCUGGGUUCUAAAUACUUUAAUACUUUUAAAAUUUAAAACUUUGCUAGUUUCAAUAUAUUCAUGAAAAUUAAGGAUGUAUGCUGCUGAAAUUCAAAAUAACAUAAUAAGGUGGAGUGGUCUUCCAUAAAGAAAUAUAUACCACCAUAUGAAACACAAAAGGUCUUUUAAAACAUCAUAUUGACAGUUACACAUUUUUGUAAGGAAACCAAUAGGUUAACAUGAAACGCAAAAUAAUAAUAACUUGAAAUUAAUUGUCAAAUAUGUGUAUAAGAUUUAUGUGGUUUAUAAUUUUUUUUUAAAUAAAUGGGUUUCUAGAU